AAAGCCCUCUCGGUGCAGCGCAAAAGUGUGCAACCACCUUCGCACCUACUCCAUAUAUAUCCAGUGUGCGCUCUCGCUCUCUGUCUCUCUUUCUCGAACGCACGCAUGCCGGCACGCGUACGCUGCUAGCCAUGUCCACCUCCGGCCGGCCGGCCACCGUCCUCUUCUCCCUGAUCACGGCGCUCGCCGCCGCCACGUCGUCGUUGGCGGACACGCCGGACUGUCCAUACCCGUGCCUCCCGCCACCAACCUCCGGCGGAAUCAUCAACAGCUACCCGCCACCGCCACCAGCAGCAACAGGCGGCAGCGGUAACGACGGCUUCGGCGGAAGCUACCCGCCGCCUCCGCCGGGGGCUUUCGGCCAGCUGACCCCGCCGGGGGUCAUGCCGGGGACGUUCCUCGCGCCGCCGUACAGCGCCGUCCCGGCUGGGCCUGCUCCGCCGCCGCCUAACCCAGUCCUGCCUUGGUACCCGUGGUACUACCAGCACAACAACCCGAUCACGGGGUCGAGCACGUCCUCGGCGCCGGCCGUGCACCGGAGGGCGACGAGCGUAGGUGCCCUGCUGCUCCAGAUGUACUGUGCUCUGGUGAUUCUUCUUCGGGCGUUGUAGAUUACUUUUUCGCUGUAGGAGAGUCUGAUAGUUUAGCAAUUAUAAGGCGUUCUAGCUAUGUACAUGUGCUGAACUUGUUCAUGUCAAUUGCGAUUUAAGUUUGAGUUUUUUGCAGCUACGAGCUUCAGAGAAGCUUGUUUACUUUAUUAAUAGUUCUUAUUUACAUCAGGACACUACACACAAGUUUGUAAGUAAUUAUUGUUGUUUUUAUGCAUGAUCACCAUUUCUAUUUGUAA